AUGAUGAAACCGCUCUGCCUUGAUGAUUUCAAGCAUAAAAAGAUCAAUCCCAAUUGGAGUCCUUUUGAUAUCCUGUUACAAGUAACCGAAGUUGACCAACUGAAAUUGCAGAAAAGCCGUCAUAAUGACUACCUGAAGCAUUUUCUUUACGACACACUACCCCCCAAUCUGAGGUUCAAGUUCAACAACAGGAAACGUACACUGACAACACUAGAAGAGGCAGACGAUCGCGAAUGGGAAGCACCGAAACCAAAGCUCAAGAGAAGCAAGAAGCAACAUAAACCCGUUUGCCCACUGCCACCACCAGACUUGCCUCCAAAAUUCAAACAACACAUACUUGAAGAAAUGGGUGGUACGAGUUUGGUUUUGGUCAUCCAAAAGACCAUCUUUUACUCCGAUGUCAACCCUGCUGCCAGUCGCUUCUCCAUACCCUUCUCCCAAGUCAAGACUCAAGACUUCCUCAACGAGGCAGAGGCUAAAGAGUUGGCGCACAAAAACCCCAUGCAGCUGUGCCUCUUAGACCCAUCGUUGAAGCAAACAAGCAUUACCUUUAACAAGUGGGUUAUGGGGAACACCUCGCUCUAUGUCCUUACCAACAACUGGAACUCUGUUGUUAAGAACAACCAACUGGAGAAAGGGGACAUGGUGCAGCUCUGGUCUUUCCGGGUGAAUUCCCUGCUGUGCUUUGCACUUUUCAAACUUUGA